AUGAAUAAAACAUUCCAAUAAAAUUUCUUAGCAAAUCAAGUUGCCAUUGUAACAGGUGGUGCCACAGGAAUUUGUUAUGGCAUCAGUUUGGCAUAUUUAAAAUACGGAUGCAAGGUUCUUAUCACAAGUCGAAAAGAGGAAGUCUUAAAGCAAUCGUGCACUACAUUAGCAUAAGAAUCAGGCAAUCAAAAUGUUGCAUAUUUUCCUUGUGAUGUGAGAAAAUUCGAAUAAGUGGAAGCAAUGGUGUAAUUUGCAUUGGACAAAUGGGGAAGAAUUGAUAUUUUGGUCAAUGGGGCAGCUGGAAACUUUUUGGUUCCUUUCGAAAUGAUGAGUGUAAAUGCCUUCAGAUCUGUAAUGGAAAUAGACACUUUUGGAACAUUUCAUUGUUGUAAAGCAGUGGUUGGAAAAUGGAUGUCAAAAAAUGGAGGUGUUAUUAUUAAUAUUAGUACUACUCUUCCUCAUUGUGGAGUAGCACUUCAAUCACAUGCUGGAACAGCCAAAGCAGGAAUAGAUGCACUUACUAGACAUCUUGCUGUUGAAUUGGGACCAAAGAAAAUUAGAGUGGUGGGUAUAGCCCCAGGAGCUAUUGAGAAAUCUGAAGGAUUUAAAAGAUUGAGAAUGGAUGAUAGUUCUGGUUUUGGAGAGGAUUUCGAAAAAUUGUUGCCAUUAUAGAGGGCAGGAAACAAUGAUGAUAUUGCUCCUUGGGCUCUCUUUUUGGCUUCAGAAAUGUGCAAGUUACAUCACUGGAUAAACAAUUAUAGUUGAUGGAGGAGCAGUUAAUACAUUUCCUAAUUUUACUCUUUCUAAGUAAAAAGGCAAGAGACAUGUUAAAACCAAAAUUAUGAUAAUUAGAUCUGGUUGUCAUAUAUAAUAUAAAUUUUUAAUAUUCAAAUAUAAAA